UACAGUACUGAAAACAGAACUCUGAAGACAGCAGACUUUACAGAGCUUUUGGCUGGAAAGCCGGAAACGCCUUCGCCGCUCAGCGCUCUUCCGCCUUCCGUGACGUCAGGACGUAGAAACGGGGUUGGGCAUGAGCCUCUGCCUCCAACAGUUGGGAGAAAUCUAUUGGGGAGAAAAGUGCUUUAUCUGCCUGGCUUUUUUGCAUAUGCCGGGCACAUUGUGAAAGUCGAUGGCAAAAGGGGACUUUUCCGUGGCCUUACUCCUCGUAUCCUCUCUAGCACUUUAUCUACCAUAAGCCGGGGCCGAGUAAAGAAGGCUUUCCCUUUGGAGGAUAUGGAGCACGUUUCUAACAAGGAUGAUGUGAAAACAUCCCUCCGGAAGGUGGCAAAAGAGACUUCCCAUGAGAUGAUGAUGCAGUGCGUUUCCCGAGUUAUUUCCCAUCCCCUACAUGUCAUCUCUAUGCGCUUCAUGGUCCAGUUUGUAGGACGGGAAGUUAAAUACAGAGGGGUGUUCAGCUCAAUUGGGACAAUCUGGAAAGAAGAAGGACUCCUAGGAUUCUUCGUAGGAUUAGUUCCUCAUAUCUUAGGUGAUGUUAUUUUUCUAUGGUGCUGCAAUCUUCUGGCUCACUUGAUCAACACAUAUGCAGUGGAUGACAACUUCAACCAGGCCUCUGUGAUCCGGAGCUACACCAAAUUUGUCAUGGGGAUUGCUGUCAGCAUGCUGACCUACCCCUUUCUUCUUGUUGGAGAUCUCAUGGCAGUAAACAACUGUGGGUUACUUGCUGGUCUCCCGCCAUAUGCCCCUGUAUUUUCCUCUUGGAUCCAUUGUUGGAAACACCUCAGUGCUCAGGGGCAACUUUUCAGAGGCUCCAGUCUGCUUUUUCGUAGAGCAUCCACACCAGCAACUUUCCUUAUUGAUUAAUUUCAUGUAGGAAAAAGAGCCAGACCAAGUCUCUUCUAGAAAAAAGUGUAAACACUUGCUUUCAUAUUUCUAUUUAAUUUUUGAAGUCAGAGGUGAAAGAGCAAGAGCGCCUUCUCUCCGGCAAGUUCGGCUGAUUUCGUUACUGCACCAGAGUGAUUUAAGCUGCUAGAUAAAUCUUACCUAUUGAAGGAAGGAGACUCUUUACCAUGCUGAUCAAAGCCUAAGUCAAAAGGGGCAGUCUGGCUGGGAAAAGACUAUCCUUCAGAAGUCUUGCCUUGAGCAUAGUUUUUCUUGAAACAUCUGCCCUGAUAUGAAGAAACUAGAUGAGAUCUAGGUUGGUUUCAGUCUGUCUCCUUUGUUGCUGUUGUUAGACAAAACAGAAGUAGUGAUUAAGCUCUGCCAACUUUGAUCUGUCUUAUUGGCUGUUCUAUAUGUUAAGCCCAAUUCUGUUGGAAUAUCUUUUGUACCUAGGAUUUGUCAGGACCACAGAAAGCAGCACUAUUGCUGAAUUCCAACCAGUGGCAUAUAUAACUCUGAAUCUUGGCUUGCUUUGUUAGCCCCAGGGAAUGUGUCUUCCACCACCUGGACUUUUCUAGGGGAUGUUCCCUAGUCAAAUUCUGACAUGCACACUAAGCAAUUUUAUCUGGGUUUCAAUGAACCCAUAUUUCUGUGCACUUGAAAAGGAUACUGAAUACUAAAUCAGUGUUAAACACUAAAGAGAGAAUGUAUUUUCUUAGCGGGAAAGUCUGGGAAGGUCCUAAGGUUGGUUAUUGUUCACAAGCUUGAUGUUUAAGCUAGAAUCCAGCCUGACAGUGAAGAAACCAACAAUACUAAAAGAGGUUCGGAUCAGAAGGUAAUACCACUAGGGCUUCCUUGCUUCUCAUGCUGUAGUCAAAACCAGUCCAUUUCUGAAGGGCAGGGAAUUUUCUGAAGUGGGACUCAGUGUAGCACGGUGAUAUUCAGCUGUAAGUGAAAGGCACCAGUUUGCUAUCCAUUUGUGGAAGUGUUUUCAUGAAGCCAGACCAAAAUAGUGUAAGGUGUUAACCAAGAAAUAGC